GUGGGGGGGGGGAUAGAUAAUUAACUUGUUGGGAAUCUUGUAGAAGAACCUGGAUUGUUAUACGUAAAUGGAGGGUGUUGUUCUAUGCUCUGGAAACUACAUACCUUUGUCACCUAUAAGCUUCUUAGAGCGAGCAGGCAGUGUGUAUGGUGAUAGGGAUUCCAUGGUUUAUGGUGCUUGGAAAACUUCAUGGAGAGAAACACAUGAAAGAUGCAUCAAGCUUGCUUCUGCUUUGGUCCACUACUUGGGGAUAUCUCCUGGUGAUAUCGUUAUGGCUUUUGCGCCAAACAUUCCAGCAAUGUACGAGCUCCAUUUUGGCAUUCCGAUGGCAGGGGCAAUUCUUUCUGCUCUAAACACCAGGUUGGAUGCAACCACGUUAGCAUUGUUAUUGGAACAAUUGGAGCCCAAAAUCAUUUUUGUAUACUAUGAGUUCGUUGAAGUUGUUCAGGAAGCACAGAGCAUACUUUCUGAGAGAAGCAAGCCAGCCCAACUUGUUGUAAUAGCAGAGUAUGAUCAAACAUUACCUGGUAGCUUGGAUUACAACAGCCUUAUUGCAAUGGGAAAAGUAGAUUUUGAGCCUAUACGACCAGAAAAUGAAUGUGAUUCUAUUUCAGUGAAUUAUACUUCAGGCUCAACUGGAAUUCCCAAAGGAGCAAUAUAUAGCCAUAGAGCUGCCUAUUUGAAUUCACUAGCAACAAUUUUCCGUUGUGACAUGAAACAAAUGCCGGUGUUUCUAUGGACUGUCGACAUGUUUCGCUGCAACGGUUGGUGCUUCGCUUGGGCAAUGGCUGCUCUUGGUGGCACCAAUAUCUUCCUUGGCACUGAUCUCUCAGCAAAACUUAUAUUUAACGCAAUUUUAACUCACAAGGUAACUCACUUGUGUGGCGCACCCACCAUUUUGAACAUAAUCGCCGAUGCGCCAACUUGUGACCAGAGGCCAUUGCCAUCUACGGUGGACAUUAUUGUUGCCGGCGCAUUACCGGCUGCCCAAGUCCUUAUAAAGGUUACCGAACUAGGGUUUAAUGUUAGCCAUGGAUAUGGUAUGACAGAGGCUCUUGGCCCAGCCAUUGUUGCACCACUACAAUAUUCUUCUAACAGCUUCGAUGAACAGAUGAAAACAAUAAAACAUCGUGAAGGGAUUCACAACCUGAUAAUGGAUGGCGCUGACGUAAAAGAUCCAAACACCAUGAAGAGCAUACCCUAUGACGGGAAAACUAUCGGUGAGGUUAUGUUCAAGGGUAAUACUAUGAUGUCGGGGUACCUUAAAAACACGAAAGCAACUCAUGAAGCUUUCAGAGGUGGAUGGUAUCGUACUGGGGACCUUGCAAUUAGACACGCAAAUGGAUGCAUACAAAUGAAAGAUCGUGCGAAGGAUAUUAUCAAAGCUUCUAGGGGAGAAGUUAUUAGCACGAUUGAGGUGGAGGCAGUGCUGCUUAGUCAUCCAAUGGUUAUGGAGGCUGCUGUUGUUGGGAGAGUAGGCAAUGAUCAUGUGGGAGAGAUGCCAUUUGCAUUUGUGAAGUUGAAGGAGGAGGGUUGCAGUGCAUGCAUGGCAAAAGAGAUUAUUGAGUUUUGUGGGGAUCGAUUGCCAAAGUAUAUGGUUCCAAAUAGUGUUGUUUUUGGGGAUUUGCCAAUCAAUUCAACUGGCAAGAUACAAAAAUUUGUUCUUAGGGAGAAGAUCAAUGCUAUGGCUAACAAUUGUUAAAAGUAAACGAAUAAUUUCUAUUUAAAUGUGGAAAUGGCAUCUUACCUUCAUUGUAUUGAAAUUAAAUGAUUGUUAAUUUCUAUUUAUAAUGAAUAAUUUGUUUCUGUA